AUGGAGCUCCUCCACCUCCUCAAAUAUUGCUUACUUUGCCUCGUCCUCACCGUCACCAUCCUCCGCUUCCUGCUGCCAACAAAACCUCAGGCGGCAGCGGGCAAACUCCCUCCGGGCCCCACCCGGCUCCCAAUCAUCGGCAACAUCCACAAUCUAGGCGCCAAGCCUCAUAGAUCAUUGGCCGAUCUUGCCAAGAAACACGGGCCGUUGAUGAGCAUCAAGCUGGGCAGAAUCACCACCAUCGUCGCCUCUUCCCCAGCCGUGGCCAGGGAGAUCCUCCAAAAGCACGACAGAAUCCUCUCCAACCGCCACACCGUCCUCUCCAUGAAAGUCCUCGACCUCCACAAAUUCUCCAUGCCCUUGCUCCCCGCGGAAGCCAGGUGGAGGAACCUCAGGAAAGUGUGCAACUCCUAUCUCUUCACCCCCCAGAAGCUCGACUCGUAUCAGGAGCUCCGUAGGGAGAGGGUACUCGAGCUGUUGGAAGAUGUCCGACAGGUCGCCUCCCAGAGACCGGGGGAGGCGGUUGACAUCCGGAGGGCGGCGUUCAGGGCGACUCUGAACUCUCUUUCGUCGAGUAUUCUUUCGUUGAAUCUGGGGGACGUGGAGAGGUCGGAGACCGCCAGGGAGUUUCAGGAGCACGUGAGUGGGAUCAUGGAGGAGGUAGGGAAGCCCAAUUUAGGGGACUAUUUCCCCGUCAUGGGGAGGAUGGAUUUGCAAGGGAUACAGAAGCGGAUGAAGGGACAUUUGGAGAAUGUUCUCAACUUGUUUCAAUGGGUCAUCGACGAAAGGGUGAGGAAGAUCAAGUCCGAUGAGCUCUAUGUCUCGCCAAACGACAUGCUCGACACGCUUCUGGCCAUCGGAGACGACGGCGAGGGGGCUGCCGCCAUGGAUCCACUUUGCAUCAAGCACUUGUUGUGGGAUAUGUUCGUCGCCGGUACUCAUACAACUUCAAGCUCACUAGAAUGGGCAAUGGCUGAGCUUCUUCGCCAUCCCAACAAACUCGCCAAAGUCAAAGAAGAAUUAGAUAAAAACGUUGGAAAAGGUAACCAUCUCCAUGAAUCCGACAUUUCUCAAUUACCAUAUCUACAAGCUACAGUGAAAGAGACUUUAAGGCUACGUCCAGUAUCUCCCCUCCUGGUUCCCCGCAAAGCAAAUGAAGAUGUGGAAAUCUGUGGUUUCAUCGUGCCGAAAGGUGCACAAAUUCUAGUCAACAUAUGGUCUAUAGGUCGCGAUCCCGUGGUGUGGGAAAAUCCAGACUCGUUCAUGCCAGAAAGAUUCUUGGGUUCGAUGAUCGAUGUUAGGGGGAAAGAUUUUGAGCUGCUCCCAUUUGGCGGCGGCAGAAGAAUAUGUCCUGGAAUGUCGUUAGGAUUGAGGAUGUUGCAUAUGAUGCUGGGUUCACUGGUUCAUUGGUUUGAAUGGAAGCUACCAGAUGGGGUCGUGCCAGAAAAGCUCGAUAUGGAAGAGCAGCUUGGAAUGGCUUUGCAUAAAUUCAAACCGUUGCUUGCUAUCCCGAGAGAAGAUGGCAAAAUAUCUUAUAAAAAGGAUUAG